AUGAGGGGUCUCCGCUCUUUGCUCUACCUCCUCCUCCUGCCGCUGAGCGCCUGCCUUCCCCGGCUGGACACGAGGGGACCCACAGACGUCGGUGACAUCGGAGCCAGGACGAGCUGGGCCCACCUGGCUGAGGGACGCAGACCCCACUCCGUGCCAGGUCCUUCCCCGUGGCCGAGAGCACCCCAGCCACAGGCCCUGUUUGUGGUGGCCAAGGAAGUGCAGGCCUUCCGUGGGGAGCACACCGGCUCCCGCCUGGGGAGGAGGGAUGGGAGCAGCGAGGAGGCUGCGGGGUUCCUGCCCACGGACUCGGAGAAGGCCAGCGGCCCCCUGGGGACCCUGGCCGAGGAGCUCAGCAGCUUCAGCCGGAGGAAAGGAGGCUUCAGCUUUCGCUUUGGCCGGUGAGGGCCUCUGUGGACUCUGCCUGUCUUUCCUCUGUGGCCACCGUGUCCCCCCACCCCACUCCCCAAACCCCAAGGACCCAGGCCUGGAGAGAGCAAAGGCCUAUCAUAAUGAAUGAGUGGUAGAUAGAUGUGUGCUCGACUUUUCAUUUCCAACUUUGCUAAAGUGAAAAACUUGGGUGGUGUUUUAAAAAACAAAAACAGAUGAACAGUCACCCCCCCACACACACACACACAGGAGAAGAGCGAAUGUCAAGUUGUGGUUAGUAAGACUAAGUGUCCUUGUCCCAACCCAUGACUCAGGCUGCUCUGUCUCAGCCCCCUCUCUCCCCAUGGUCUGACUGGAGCAGCCCCCGGCCCCCAGGGGCAGGGCACUGGGCUGUGAAUACAACAGGUCUGGUUCUGUUGUUCCUCGGAUGGCAGGGGGGCUGAGAGAUGACAACAGGAGAUCAAAGUUCUGACAGUGCCCCCAGGGACGCUGGUGGCUGCCAUCUGAAGCACCACUGUGGAAGAGCACACUCCACUGUGUAUAGAAUGUGGGUCUGAAAGGUACAAAUGAAGGGGAAAAAACAGCCGUCCAAACCCAAACCCAAGACAGAGCGAGUGCUCUCCACCCCAUUAGCACGAGUUGCCUCUGGCAAGGAAGCCCUGCGGUGGGCGGCCGAGGCACCAAGCUGCCCUUCCGAUGGCCGAUGGCCGGCCCAUCCCCUCUAGCAGCCCGUCCCCUCUGGCGGCUGGCCUCGUCCAUGGUAGUGUUUGCCAAGGGCCUCAUGGGAACUGAACUCGUGGAAGGGAUGAUUUCCUGCUAAGCAAGGUUGUUUCAAAUACCAAAAACUAGGACU